AUGGAUGAGGAUUUGGAGUUGUGGAAGGAGAAUUCUGAAACUUUGUUCAACAAUGUCUUGGUGAAGUUCAAGCAUGCAAAGAAGCAUCACUUGAUGAAGUUGAGAAUCCAACUGAAACAAGACGGAGAAGGAAGUCGCCUGUUAAGACUACAACACGGAGUAAGUUUCUGUUGGAAGAAUAGUGCAAGGCUACUCAGCAAAAAGAGGACGCUUACCUCAGAGAAAAAUGGAGCAAGAGAGGAUGUUUACCUUAGAGAAAAAUGGGAGCAUAACAGAUACAUACCUCGGAAAAAAAAUGAAGCACAAGAGGAUGCUUACCUCAAAAAAAAAAUGGAGCAUAAGAGGAUGUUAACCUCCGAGAAAAAUGGAGCACAAAAGGAUGCUUUUCUCAAAGAGAAAUGGAGCAUAAGAGGAUGCUUACCUCAGUGA